CUAAUAAAUAUGCCAACUAACAUUUAUUUUGUCACAUGUCUAUUUUUCAUUUACGGGUAUAUUUAUUUAUAGUAUAAACAAUGCUACUUAUUAAGAUAGAUAAGUUACUAAUAUAUACUUAUGUAUUUCCCAUAAAUUUCUACCUAUCCAAAAUUCUUACCCUUUUUAGCAUUAAUUGUUGAUUUACAUCCCUCUGUGUGAUCCCACACUAAAUGUAUCGAACAGCCUAAAAAGCAAUGUGUUCUACUUUUAGCAAUGGUACAAUUUUUUGGAAAGUACAUGAUAAACCGUUUUUUCAGGUCCAAGGUUGUCCUAAGGACCUCAAUUUUCUCAGAAACACUCUCUCAUUUAUAGCCAAAAGGAAAUUCACCACCCAAAUAUUGAAUCCUUAAACUGAGCAUAACCUUCAUUUGCAUCUCUCUCCUCUCCUUCCUCGUACACAGACAAGAGAGAGAGAGAGGUCAUGAUCUUGGUCUGCUAAAUGUCACCCGGGUCAUGAUCUUCCAUCUCACCAUUCUUUAAGCACAUUUAGUGUGAUCUUCAGAUAAGGCUAAGGCUAAGCUUUUGGCUUUUGUUUCUUUGUAUUUUUAACAUUUUAAGAGAUGGCAAAACGAUCAUUUAAGCAGUUUGUGGAACAAGAACUUGGAAUAGUCCCAAAGUUUUUUAUUUAUGCAGUGCUUGAAUGGAUGAUUAUAUUUGUUCUGUUCAUUGACGGGUUUCUUGCCUUUUUUGCAAACGAAUUUGCCAAGUUCUUUGAGUUGCCUAUCCCUUGCUUGCUUUGCACGAGGAUUGAUCAUGUCCUUGCCCGUAGAAAUGCUGAUUUCUAUUACAAUGAUUCCAUAUGUAACCAUCAUAAGAAGAAUGUUUCAUCUCUUGCAUUCUGUCAUUCUCACAAGAAGCUUUCUGACAUAAGAAACAUGUGUGAAAGCUGUCUUCUCUCCUUUGCAACCGAGAAAGAAUCUGAUUGUGAUACUUACAAGUCACUUCUGGGGAUCUUACACAAGGAUAUUGAACUGUUUGUUGAUGAAGAUCAUGAAGUUCAUCUGUCAUUGCCUGCUGGUAAAAAGGAUGAAGAAGUAGUUAUUGAGAAGAGCAAUGAUCAUCUGUGUUCAUGUUGUGGCCGGUCAUUGAAGGUGAAAUCCUCCUAUUCAAAAGGGAAGAAUUCUUCCCUGUCAUUCCUUGCUCCUGCUCCAUCUCCCAGGGCUCCAUCCAGUCGAAAUUUGGAUUUGUCACACAUCAAAUAUACGGAGCUCAAGCACAACUCGUAUGAAUCAGAGGCUUACGAGCAUAAUGAUCGCUCAAGAGGUAUAAUCCUUGAAAAAGUCAUGGAAGAUGCCAAGGCCGCUACAGCAGCACCAUUGCUGAUGGAUGCUGAUGAUGAAGAUAAAAGCCCUAACUUUAUCAGGGGAAACAAGUUUUUUGGAAUCUCACUGUCAGAUUCAGCAACAAACAGUCCUAGGUGGACAAGAAUAUCAAGGAAAUCACCGCUUGAGAAAACAGAAUUUGCUUCAGAAUCUGGAGAGGGGCAAGUGUCAAAUGAGGUAGAAGGUGAUAUUUUGCAUCAUUUGAAGAGACAAGUUCGUAUGGAUCGCAAGUCACUGAUGGCUUUAUACAUGGAACUGGAUGAAGAAAGAAGUGCAUCUGCUGUUGCAGCUAACAAUGCAAUGGCCAUGAUCACCAGGUUGCAAGCUGAGAAGGCAGCUGUUCAGAUGGAGGCCUUACAAUACCAGAGAAUGAUGGAGGAGCAGGCAGAAUAUGACCAAGAAGCCCUACAAGAGAUGAAUAAUUUGCUGGCCAAGAGAGAGGAAGAACUUAAGGAUUUAGAGGCUGAACUUGAGGCUUAUAGACAAAAUUAUGGAUGCUUAAAGGAAGUUGAUUUUGAAGUUCAAGGAGAUGAGAGUGACGAGGGCUAUCAAAUCUUGAAACCACCAUCUUACUCAUCCACCAAUGGGAGAGCUGAUUGUACCAGCCCUACUCAUAGCCUUAAUGAAGGGUCCAAUACUGGUGAAGAAGCACAGAAUCAUAAUCAGGCUAAUUCAAUGCAAGAUGAGGUCGGAGGGGAAGCCAUUGACAAACCAAAGAAAGUCUCUCAAAGAGCCCGUCAAUUAGGCAGGUUGAAAAAUCUAGAGAAGAAACCGCAGAUUUUAUCAGAUGGUGGGGGUGUUUCCUCAAAGUCUAGUACUGAAAAUGAUGACUUCAUGGAAGAAGAGACAGGAAAUGGAAGUAAAGCAGUCCUAAAGAGUGAAUUGUCCCAUAUUCACGAGAAGAUUGAGGCCCUUGCAGCUGAUGAUGGACUCCUGAAACAUGUUUCUGAUCUUACCGAUGAAGUAAGCAGCAAUGGAGAACAACUAUUAACAGAAAUUUCUCAGAAUAUACAAAAGCUUCAACACAUUGUAACAAUGCCUGAUUCUGAAAGCAGAGAUGCAUAA